AUGCAGACUACAGAGUACCCACUUUCCACAGAGGAUAUUAUUGACCCAUCGUCGAUUGGUCAUCCAAGCUCCAACGGGUCUCAACUGGCGUUGCUCCCCUUGGCUUGGGACUCAUGCGAGCAACCGAUUGCUCAAAAGAAAGCGCACUCGACUACUCCUGCUGAAGGGGAGCAAAUUCAACAAUUUAUGCGGAAUAAGCUAGCGGGGGAUGUUUAA